AUGAGCGCCGCCCGGCCCCGGCUAAGCCGUGUUUCCGGCCUCUCAUUUCUACAUCCGGGGCGUGAUAACCCCUCUGUCAGGCUUCGGGCGGCGGCCCCUGACCGGAACCGGAAGUACAGUCUCAGCGUCCUCUACAAAAGCGAGCCCAAAGCGGUGCUGCUCAAAGCCGCGUACGACGUGUCCUCCUUCAGCUUCUUCCAGAAGUCCAGUGUGCAGGAAUUCAUGACCUUCACAAGCCAGCUGAUUGUGGAGCGCUCCGCGAAAGGCAGCAGAGCUUCUGUCAAAGAACAAGAGUACUUGUGCCAUGUCUACAUCCGGAAUGACGGUCUUGCAGGUGUGGUCAUUGCUGAUAAUGAGUACCCAUCCCGGGUAGCCUUUACCUUGCUGGAGAAGGUUCUAGGUGAAUUCUCCAAGCAGGUUGACAGGAUAGACUGGCCCGUGGGCUCCCCUGCUACAAUCCAUUAUGAUGCCCUGGACGGUUACCUCAGUAGAUACCAGAACCCUCGAGAAGCUGACCCCAUGACUAAAGUGCAGGCUGAACUAGACGAGACCAAAAUAAUCCUGCACAACACCAUGGAGUCUUUGUUAGAGCGAGGUGAGAAGCUAGACGACUUGGUGUCCAAAUCUGAAGUGCUGGGAACGCAGUCUAAAGCCUUCUAUAAAACUGCCAGGAAACAAAACUCGUGCUGCGCAAUCAUGUGACACAGGCCACAGAGGCCCUGUGCUGGACCGUCACCAUCAUUCACAUCAAAACUGCAGCCUCCAGAAGAGAAGAAACAACCAUAGAAGAGGAUCUGGAGUGGGGCGGACUGUCCAUUUUUAAUUUGGAGUUCCUGGGAGGAACCGAGGGAUGGUGGAAGGGUGGGGAACAUACAAAUUCUUAUGUCUGGUUGUGAUUUGGGGGAAGAAUUUGAGUCCUCCAAAGGUGUAUUUUUGGGCAAAUGAAACCAUAAACUCCGAGUGGCUCCUGUGGAU